AUGAGUCUGGAAUUGUCAGACUGCACCCCAAAAUGCCGCUCAAUGCAGCAUGCAAAUGAGGUGGUAGCGGCAAUAACAAGUGGCUCAGAACGGCAGCUACGAGCGUUUUUAACAUCACACUGCCACAAUGCUGCAAUAUUGCGGGAUGAAUUUGGUCGCACAGCAUUGCACUUGGCUGCCUCCCUGGGAAAGAAGGCUUUACUGGAGUGGCUGCUGGAAAGUAAGAACGCUGACUUGUCGGUGAAGGAUAAAGAAUCAGGCUGGACCGCUCUGCACCGUAGCGUCUUCUAUGGACAGAUCCAUUGUCUCAUUUCGCUGGUCAAGCAUGGUGGAGUCAUAUCUACUCAGGAUAAGGAGGGUCUCUCUACAGUGGACUUGAUAAUGAAGGACCGACCGCAUCAUGUGGUGUUUAAAACCUCUGACCCGACUGAGGUGUAUACAUGGGGAAACAAUAGCAAUUUCAGCCUUGGCCAUGGUAAUCAAGACAGCCGACAGCACCCUGAGCUCGUCGAUGUCUUUGCCAAGACUGGCGUUUAUGUUAAGCAGGUGGUGCUCUGCAAGUUCCAUUCAGUGUUUCUCUCAAAGAAAGGUCAAGUGUUUACAUGUGGACACGGGCAAGGUGGACGACUAGGCCAUGGAGAUGAACAGACUUACCUGGUUCCCCGACUGGUGGAGGGUCUGAUGUCCCACCACUGUUCUCAGGUGGCAGCAGCAAAAGAUCACACAGUGGUGCUGACAGAAGAAGGUUAUGUUUACACUUUUGGGCUUAACACCUUCCACCAACUAGGUUUGACGCCUCCGCCAGCUUCAGCACAUGUUCCUAAACAGGUGUUUUCCAAGACACUAAGAGGGAGGGCAGUAAUUGGAGUUGCUGCAGGCAGGUUCCAUACAGUGCUGUGGACUAAGGAUGCAGUUUAUACAAUGGGACUCAAUGGAGGGCAGCUUGGGUACCUGUUGGACCCUAAUGGGGAAAGGUGUGUGACAGCUCCACGGCAAAUUUCUGCUCUGCACCAAAAGGACGUCACCAUAGCAAUGGCUGCUGCAAGUGGUGGCGCGACUGUGAUUGUGAGCGAGAAAGGAGAUGUCUACUUGUUGGCUGAUUACCAGUGUAAAAAAAUUGCUUCAAGGCAGCUCAACAUCAAGAAAGUCCUUGUCACUGGUGGCAAUCUCGACCAUCGUGUGAAUCCCCAGAUUUUAAAUGAGUGUGGGGGAGAAAAGGUGUCCAUCUUGUUAUUGGAUGAAGCUGGUCGGGUGUUCUGUUGGCGCUCCUCAGGUAGCUCGGUGAGACAGUGUCGGUGGGCGUACGGGCGCCAGGUUUUCAUGUCAGACAUUGCUCUCAGCAAAAAUGCCAUGAUGUUUGUGACUAAGGAGGGGGAGGGCUUCAGUGGCAUGUGGGCUGGAGAAUAUAAAAAGUACACCGACAAAAAAGAGAUCAAUGUGGAAGUUUGUGGACAUUCAGAUGUUGGGACAAUAUUUGAGCGAAUUCGUUUGGAAAAGCUCCCCCACAUUCACAGAGCUGUCAGCAUCACCAUGGACUCCAAUGGUCGGAAUUUUGGAUUGCUCCAGGUUGAUCCCAAAACAAGUUUAUAUGAGAUUCCCAGCAUUUCGCCAUCGUCUUUUGCGACACACUUCCAAAGACUUCUGGGGGAAGCAGAUGAAAUGGACAGUAUCCAUGAUGUAACACUUCAAGCCGGCAAUCGCACCUUCGCAGCUCACAAAUAUAUCCUGUCCAUGAGGUCUGAGUUCUUCCGUAAACAGUUUAUGGCUGAGCGUUGUGGGAUCGAUGAAGAACUUGAUAAAGAAGUGAGGAAGAGUGAAGAUGCAGUGGGCUGCGACUUGCUUAUUUUGGAGACGAUUCCACCCGACAUGCUAGAGUAUGCCCUGCAAUUCAUCUACACAGAUAAUUGUGAGCUACUGGUCCACGGGACCCGACCUAAACAGCAUAGCUCCUGGAUUGAUCAAAGCCAGAAAACAGAGGGGAAAAGUCUUAUCAGCAGUCUGCGAGGCUUGAACCUGAGAGGUAGGACAGCACUGGAAGUAUAUCGCUCCCUUCCCUUUGCAGCUGAAGGAGAUUGUAACAAGAUCACAAACAAGGUCUCCAAACCCGGCAAGAAGGGAAAAGGCAAAGGUGCCAAUGAUGUCGGGUACAACCCAGUCAAAACUCUACAAGGAGUAGCAAAGAAGCUUGGCCUCAGCAGCUUGUCUACACGACUGGAUGGUGUUAAAUAUGAGGGUGGAAAGAUCAACGUUAUACACAAGAAAGCUGGCAACCAACUCAAAUUCAACCAAAAGAAAUGUUCUUACCUAUGUGAUGUUACUCUGAAAUCAGUAGAUGGGAAAGAGUUUCCUUGCCAUAAAAGUGUCCUGUGUGCGAGACAAGAAUACUUCCACAGUAUGCUUGGCAAUCCGUGGAUCGAGGCUACAUCGUGUUCUGCACUUAAGAUGCCUACCACCUCAGAUAUUCUACAGGCCAUUCUUGAGUAUAUAUACACGGAUGAUUCCCCCACCAUUAGAGAGUCUCUGAAUGUGGUAUUUGUCUGCAACGUGCUUGUUGUAGCUGAUCAGCUGCUGAUCCCACGGUUAAAGGAAAUGUGUGAGGUUGUCAUCACAGAAAAUUUAACUCUGAAAAAUGCAGCAGAGCUGUUGGAGUUUUCCGCCAUAUACAACGCUGAGCAACUUAAACUUUCCUGCCUCCAGUUCAUCGUGCUGAACAUGGCUGCACUACUUGAGUCAAAAGCUCUAGAUGGCCUUAGUGAUGAAGUGCUACUGGACCUUUCUGCAGCUUACAAGAAGAUGAUCCCAUCAAUGCAAAGGAGGGUUGUCACUCCAUAUCCUGACGCCCCAGAUCUUAGUCUGUUUGAUGAUGAGGACUUUGCCUUCAGUCCCAAACUGGAAUCAGAACUAGGGCAAUCCAGCAGGGAAGUACUGUUACGGAAAGCCAAGAUGAAGGCGAAAAAGAAACCAAGACGACGCUCUGACAGCUCAGGAGGCUACACAUUGUCGGAUAUUAUUCAAAGCCCCCCGGCUGCAGCAGUUUCUCCUUGCCUGAUAAAGACAGGAAAAGGUACCUCCACAGAGUCACUACAGGAACUGCUCACAUCAGACUCGGAGGGUAGCUGCAUGGAGCAGGGCAGCCCUAGAGACAUGCAGUCACCAAUCUUUCAUGACAAGGCUGUGGAGGAGAAGGUCAUUUAUCAGAAGAUAAUAACCCCACCCAAUAGCUCAAGGAAUGGCCUCCCAGCUCCCCCCACAUCUGGUCCAAAAGAUAUCCCGAAGAGCCUCAACAGACCUUCCCAUCCACCUCCUGUCUUGGAUUUUAGAGCUAUCAUGGACAUGGAAGCCAAUUCUAUGCAGACCCUCAGAGCUGCUCCAAAAAGCCCAACAAGUGUUCUCUCCCUCUGCAAACAUUCUCCUGUUCCGACUAAAUUAUCCCAGAAGCAAAGGAAGAAGUUGUCUUUGGCCAGUAAGGAGAACAGUGUGGAGUCCACGCCAUCCAAACCCACCCCCACAGACACGCCAUCCAAGAACAGCAGUGGGAAGACCUGGGCAACAGCCUUACAGUCUCCACCCUCCUCAUUCUCUUUUCGGGAACUGAUGAAGGAGGAGGAGAACUUACUCAUCAGAGCGGGUCAGACUGGAACUCAGAAGAGCCACAUAGCUCAAGCAUCCCCUGUCAGUGUUAAACCUGUUAGCAGGAAAGUGACAUUCAAGUGUGCUGAGGGCAGUGAGCUGGAGAAACCUGGGCCUUGGAUGAUGGCAGCAGCGGGAAGCCCUCCCCUCCCCCCUUUGGUGACCUUUGCUUCCAUCGUGGAAGAGGAGCGACAGCAGGAAGCAGCGCUAAUCCGCAGCCGAGAGAAACCGCUGGCGCUCAUUCAGAUUGAAGAACGGGCUAUUCAAGACCUUCUAUUCCAUUACAAGGCACACGACAACCCUGAUGAGCUGAUUUUGGUGGAGAGGGCCUCUUCAGGUCCCAUGGCAGCUCCAAUAUGGAACAAACACUGA